AUUUAUUGACGUGAACACUAAACAGUGAAUGCGACUAUUUAAUUAAUUUUAUCCUACUGCUCUUAUUUUAAUUUUAAUUAUUUUAGUGCCUUUAUUGCUUCAAAAAUUAUAGAAAAGAAAGUGUACCAAGGUCUAAGCUUCGUAGUACGAAAUGAAGAGAAGUUAUGAUUCCAUGAAUUCAUCGAUUGAAAUAAGUUCCUAUCGAGAUCAGCAUUUUAAGGGUUCCCGAAAUGAACAAGAAAAGUUAUUAAAGGCCUCUGCUACACUCUAUAUAGGAAAUUUGUCAUUCUAUACAACAGAAGAACAGAUUUAUGAAUUGUUUUCACGCUGUGGAGAUCUGAGGCGGGUUAUAAUGGGUUUAGAUAAAUAUAAGAAAACACCUUGUGGCUUCUGUUUUGUUGAAUAUUAUGAAAGACCAGAUGCUGAAAAUUGUAUGAGGUAUAUAAAUGGUACCAGACUGGAUGACAGGAUUAUAAGAUGUGAUUGGGAUGCUGGAUUCAUUGAAGGUAGACAAUAUGGGAGAGGCAAAACUGGUGGACAGGUUCGUGAUGAAUACCGUACAGAUUAUGAUGGCGGCCGUGGCGGCUAUGGAAAAAUAAUUGCACAGAAGAUAACUCCAAACACGUUAGAACGCUGAUCAUAAUGUGUUCUAUCUCAACAUAAAAAUUAUGAUGAAUUGUGACUUUUUUGUGAAAGACUGUAAUAAUUUAAUUGUUGGUAAUAUACACUCAAAUGAUUGAAUGUAAUACAAAUGUACCAAUAUUUUUAAUUAUAAGUAAAUGGACUAUAACUAAA